GCAGAUGAACUGCAUUAAAUAAAACGAGGUCCGACGUAGGCAGUUUGCAGUGCUUCAGCUACAUAGCCACUUAGCUGCUAACGUCGCGUUAUAAUUGCGUCUAAGCGGACAGACUUGCAGCUUAUUAUGCGAGUUCCAGUGCUGCUUGCUUUAUAUCGCUAUUCUAUGCCACGUUUUCUGUAGAUCAAGCCACUUUGUGUUUAUUAAAAGUAACGCUAGCGAGCUAGCUAACGUUAGACAGAUAAUGGUGGCUGGCUAACUAGCAUCAGCUGCCAACGCAGAGGCAAUAAAUCCAUUACGCUAAGCAAAGCAGCCACCUCAUCUCGAAUCAGCUAAUGUUUCUUGUUUGAAUAAAUAGUCAAAAUAGUGUUCUCGAUGCAAGGUUACUUCAGCAAUUACAUCAGACUAACACAGCAGCUGGAGAAUAGGUGUUAGACACAGGUACAGAGUCUACAGACCAGCAGUCAUCGGUACUCUCCCCCCUCCUGGUUUCUAAAAAGCUGCCCAAACCGUGUGGCAAAUGGAGAAUGGGGGCUGGGGAUAUAUGAUGACUGAUCCAGUCACUCUGAAUGUGGGGGGUCACCUGUACACCACCUCCCUGUCCACCCUGCAGCGGUACCCUGACUCCAUGCUGGGGGCCAUGUUUGGCGGGGAUUUCCCCUCCGCCCGCGAUGCUCAGGGCCACUAUUUUAUCGACCGCGAUGGCCCGCUGUUCCGCCAUGUGCUCAACUUCCUGCGCACGUCAGAGCUCACUCUUCCCACUGACUUCAAGGAGACGGAGCUCCUCCGCAAGGAGGCCGACUUCUACCAGAUAGAGCCCCUGAUCCAGUGCCUGAGAGACCCCAAACCGCUCUACCCUCUGGAUACCUUCGAGCAGGUGGUGGAACUGUCCAGCACCCGCAAGCUCUCCAAGUACUCCAACCCUGUGGCGGUGAUCAUCACUCAGCUCACCAUCACCACCAAGGUACACGCUCUGCUGGAGGGCAUCGCCAACAGCUUCACCAAGUGGAACAAGCACAUGAUGGACACCAGGGACUGCCAGGUGUCCUUCACCUUCGGGCCCUGCGACUACCACCAGGAGGUGUCCCUGCGCGUCCACCUGAUGGACUACAUCACCAAGCAGGGCUUCACCAUCCGCAACACGCGCGUGCAUCACAUGAGCGAACGGGCCAAUGAGAACACAGUCGAGCACCACUGGACGUUCUGCAGGCUGGCCCGCAAGGUGGAGGACUGAUGCGCUCUUAUGCCACGCCCACUGCCACGGCCAGCGCCACACCCAGCAGUACUGCCGCCGGAAACACAGUCUCGUUGUCAUGGGAAUCUCCGCCAUCAGGAAUCCACAGACAGGCUGUCAGGUGUUUUCUGUCUUAUUUCACGGAAGAAACAAAUGGCAUUCCGGGCACCAUUAAUCAUGACAGGAGAAAUAAAAUAAUAUGGCUUAAGGUGUUUAUCAUUUAUUGUUUUAAAAAAAACUGCUUUUGUUCUGCAUUUUGAAAGAUAUUUCAAAAUGUUGGUAUCAAUAAUGUGCAAUCUCCAGUGGAGAGUACUUUGUUGACGGGUUCAGGUAAACUGCAAUUUCAGGCAACGUAAGCAAAAUCAAGCAAGCCAGUAUUUUACUGAACUGUCAACAGAAUCGGAUGAAUGCUUGAGUAUUGAGCUGAUAGAUUGACUAAAGGUCCAGUAACAUCAUGGGCGUGUGCCAAGAAAAUGUUCUAUGACAAAAUGCAUUCCUCUAUUUCAGUCCCUUAUACAGCCAUAGGAGUAUUCUACCUGUCUGCACCAGGUAGGGUUUUAAUAAGCACAAUGUGCAGAACUACAUUACCCAGGAAUGGCUGUUUCUGCGGUGUUAGCAGUACCCAGUAUGAAUAUUAUAGAUGUUCUGUUUUGUGCACUGCAUGAUACAUUAAGAGAAUAUUUUGCAUGUGAUCUUUACAGAAAAGGUGUCCUCUUUCUGAGCGGUGAAGUAUUGAAAUGUCAUGGCAGCAAGUGUAUAAGUCAAACAUGAAUUAGCCUUUGAGAUCUUAAGGCUGUCGGUGUCAUUUAUAAUUAUCUCAGUGGUAAAAUUUAAUGCAGCCUUUCAUCAAGUGACAGAUUGUCAAUGUUAGACGGUUACUGCUCAACAACUAAUGAGAGCAUUCGUUUUCAUCAGCUGUUUUUACAGUUCUGUUUCAGUAUAGCAUCGUACAUAGACAGGGCAUUUCAUUAUUUAUUUGUUUCACGGUAAAUCAUGUCAGUAGAAUAUGUAUCUUAGGUUUGAAAUGCAAAUAGAUUUUCAUCAUUGUACCCCUACAUUGUUAAAUAACUUGUGUGCAGAAUUGAGACUAGUCCAGAGGAGUUGCCCUUUCAGAUGGCUGUUCAUUUUAACUUGUGCAUGACCACAAGAUUUAUAAAUGUCACCCCAUUGCAAUGGAUUGUGCCCUCCACAUUGUAAGGAAACAGGUGAAUUCCACAUUAAAUGUUUAAAUGUGUCA